AAUUUGGCAACGCCUGAAGGUUCAUACAGCGUUCUUCCUCAGCACGGCAGUAUACAGGCUCAUAUGAUUAGUGCCCCCCCUCUCACUCUCUCUUCUUCUUGAGUUCUCCCUCCCUUUUUCUUUUCCUUACCCUGCAUUAAAAUGGUUUUCCAGGCAGUCCACAAAUCCACCUCCUCCGCACACGAAGCAUCUGACGUCAUUCAUGGAUAUGGUCUUUUAUCUUAUCUUAUAUGCAUCCUGUACUUCUUGAUGAAUUUCAUGAUUAGAGGACAGUAACACAGUGACACAAUAACACAGACAGUAGAUGUUUUCCUGUGUCAAUGUAAACAUGGUCGAUCAGCUGUUGCGUAACAGUGAUGAAAAUUUCAGUUAAAAACCAAGAAAUUAAUUCCGUUUUUGGAGUCUUUUUACGUAAUUUACUUUAAGUUCCAAUUUCAAACCACACCUAUACAAACGAAGAACAUAAAUAUUUCGCUCCUUCUUUUUUUAUACCGAUUCUUGGUAAAAUAUUAGAGUAAUAAUUGUGUCGAUAGAAAUUAGACCUCAAUAGUGUCAACGCGCACAGCUAGUGCAUCAGCAGCAAAUGUGCUAACUGUGUAAGUUAAAGUAAAUACCGAGGUGUCUUUAAAAAUAAAAUCUGGUGUUUCAAUGUUUACUUAUUUUAGAGACCUUGGAGCCCCAAGAAUGGUCACCAAACAAGACCUUCGAAUGGAAUUGUGGAACUUGUUGUAGCUAUACUACAGUUCAAAAUGCUUCAUGUACACUAAUUUCAAUUUGAAAGAACUGCCCUCAGAAAUCCGCAAUAAUGCAUAAAAUUCAGUUACAUUUAACUCAGUUGGUGAUGGAAUUCCUUGGAGUUUCUUGCUUUGCUUCUCCGAAGUAUGGGACAUCACCUCCGGAGCCUUCCUCGGAGGCGAUCAAAGAUGCCUUGAUCAAGCAUGAAAUUUACAAGGAUUUGGGCUAUGUCAAUUAUCCAAAACAUUUACUACAGGUUAACUUUGCAGAGCAUCAUCUUCAGCUGGGCACGAGGGUGCCACCAGAUCUAGCGCUCAUGCCCCCGGACGGCAUCAACUAUACACACUACGAAAAACGUGGAUAUUAUGCUUUACUUACGCCCAUCGUUUAUGAUGAA